AUGAAUAAUAAAAUUUUAGUAGCAUUAUUUCUUUUGGUGUUAAUUAUAGGUCUCCUUUAUUUUACACAUGAAGUGUAUACGAGACCAUCAGAAGAAUUUGUCGACAUGAAAAAGAAUAUAAAUAAGCAGAAACCAGUACCUAAAAAAGUUAAUGUUGUAGUGUUUAUUCCAAACUCAGAGCAUCAGCUUAAUAGCAUUCCUAAGGCAUUUCAAAGAUCUUCAUUAAAUAGUUUUAUGAGUUCAAAAGAAUUAACUCUUUUUGACGAAUUGUUUAAAAAAUCUUCGCCUCUUUCAUUUUUAGAUAAAGAAGAUGAUAAGCAUGAACAACUUAGUAAACACCAUUCAUAUACAAAGUUUGGUGAAUUAAUACCAAAAAAUAACAUUCAAGAAAAGCCUAAGAUGCUUAAUAAAUAUAACACCUUCCCAUUACAUUCAUACCAUAAUGUAAAUAAUGAUGAUUUAAUAAAUUAG